AUGCCAGACUGUCCAGACUUCAGUGGCAUUGCGAGAUUUGCAUACUAUUUGGUGCUAGCAUUGCAGGGGGUGGUUAUCUGGUGGACGACGCAAGAAGCACUGAUAAUGCAAGCUGAGUGGCUUCGGCAAGCAGACGAUGGCAUCUUCCAUAACAUUACGCAGCAUUCCGUCAUGACGACUCCCUUUCUCGGAGUCGUUCGUUCUGUGGUAUUCCGGAACUGCUCUAGCGUGGAUCAGUUGUCAGAGAGAUGGGAGGAGACGCUGGAUGUGGAUCCCUCGUCAGAGCUGGAGUACCUGUGCAUGCAUCCGGUGAAGGGCGGUAACGUGACCUAUUGGCCUCCCCAUUCCAUUUCAAAGGCAAUGAAACAGUUGACGAGCCAGGAGUUCCAGAGCCAGACCGACCAUCCGACUGAUUCGAAAGGAGUCGAGCAGAUCUCUGAAGUGAUUCCAGGUUUCGAAGGUGUAUGGAGUGGAAUGGAGAAAGUGAAGUCCUUCCUCCAGAAGAUGUCGAGGCAGGCACAGGGCAUGUAUCGCGACAUAGACUACUACGUGGUCCAGUCACCUUGUCUUCAUUCCAACCUCAUCUUCGGCAAGCCGAAAUUCCUGGACAGGUACUUGGGCAUGGUGAUCUUCGAGCACACAAUCAACGAGGUGCAAGAGGCGGGCUGCGAAAGAGCUUCUCGCAGCUCUUCAUUGAAGCAGUCUGCUUCAAUGACCGAGUCGUUGUCUUCCAUUUGCCCCCCAAAAGAAAUCACAAUCGCGCAUGACCGGAAGAUAAAGUUUGAUAGAAUCAAUCGUCUGCUGCUCGCGGUCCUGGUGGUGAAGUACAUCAUCAGCAAUAUUCAUGAGGUUGCCAGUCACUGCUUCGGACUUCCGUCAACGCGAUCUCGCUGUGACCAGACUCUGGAGGGCCUUGGGGUGAAAAUGAUGUCGAUUUUGCUCUGCCUUUCGCUGCAGGCAGUGCGCGGGACCAUGUUCCUCAUCGUGUGGCGAAAAGGUCAUAUCCUCCUGUCGCAUAUCCCCGAAAUCGGAUUCGCAUGCGUCGUGCUCGUGCACUGCGUGGUUUGCAUCCUGAACGAGAUGGACAAGUUUUGGAAGUGGUCCAACUCUGUGUGUUAUAGCUGUCCCAAAUUCAUGACCUGCGUCUUCUGGCUGGGAUGGUUGUUCAUGGUGAUCAUGUGUUCCAUUCCAAUGCUGACUGUUUCAUACUUCAGCUUCGACUUCGCCUUGCAGGGGCUGGAAUCCUGUCACCUUUUUUCAUCUGAUGGCGCCGUGAUAUCGAAAGAGUUCGAAGCAGCGGCCAGGAGUACCAGCUCAUUUACGGCCGUCUUCAUUGUCCUAUCGGUGUUGGAGGCAGGCCUGUGGCUUGCGGUCCACGUUUGGGUCCCGCACAGGAAGAAGUCAGCACCGGAAGUGACACCUGCCACGCUCAGCCGAGCCGGUGGCUACGUGACCGUGGAUGGGGAAGACGCCGAAAAAGCCCUUUGCGGCUGCAUGCCAAAUUAA